AUGUUCAAAAAUUCAAAUACAUUUAUUCAGCAUCAUUUACGUUCGAUUGCUGUUCAUCAUAAACAACAAAAAUACUAUCGAUUCGGACUCGGAUUAAUUCAAAGUAAUAAUAAUUUAUCAUUAAAUAAUAAUCAAUGUAGAUAUUUUCUGAAGAAUAUUUUCGGAGGUGAUAAUAAAUUAAAAGAAGAAGUUGAAAAGGAAAGAGAAAGAUUAUCAAAACAUUUGAAAAAUGAAAGAGAUAAUAUCCAAUCGGAAAUUCACAGAUAUUCUCCUCUUAAAGAAAUUAAAUCAGUCCUCAAACAUAAAGGAAAACUUUUUGUUUCCAUGUCAGGACAAUUAAUUCCACUAGAAAAGAGUACAGUCUUUCCAUCACCUGAAGUUAUUCUCGGAGAUGGUAGAAAUAAGGCUGUUAUUAAGAAUAUUAAUGGAGAACAAGUUGAUCUUGUAAAGAAAAUCAAGCAAUGUAGAGCAACUUUAUUAUUUGUGAAUUUUACUGAAUAUGGUUCAAAUAUGACAAAGGAAUGGAAGGAAGCAUAUGAAGAAUUUCAAACUCAAUAUGAAACUUCUAGCCCAUCAUCAUCUGUAAACAAAACUCAAUGUAUAGAUUUAAGUAUUAGCGAAAAUUAUGUCGUUUCGUGGCUUGAAUCUUAUGUCACUAAAAAUUUAAAAUCUGUAGUUCCAGAAAAGAUGCAUGCCAAUACUUUAUUAACAUUCCUCAAGAAUAAUAAUGAAACUUUCAAAUUUAAGGAUGCUGUAGAAAUUACCAAUAGUAAGACAUGUUACGUUUUUGUUAUUGAUCAACAAUGUAGAAUUAGAUGGAGAGGUUGUGGAUCACCUGAAGGUAAAGAAAAGGAUUUUAUGAUAUCAGCCAUUCAACAAUUACUCACUCAAAGAAUACAAUAAAAAAUAGGUCAAU